AUGCCUCCCACCAACUUGUCAGUUGCAACUCCAGAUUUUUUUUUGAUGGGAUUUCCUGGAUUAGAGGCAUAUCAUGUAUGGUUGUCCCUUCCAUUCCUUGUUAUGUACUCUGUAGCAGUUGUGGGCAAUAUUAUAAUAUUAUGCGUAGUUAAACUUGAACAAAGUCUCCACACCCCGAUGUUUGCCUUUCUUUGUGUUCUGGCACUGAUCGAUUUAGGUCUAUGCACUUCUACAAUUCCUAAGAUGUUGCAGAUGUUCUGGCUCCGAGCUAACGUGAUUUCUUUUCAUUCUUGUUUUUUUCAAAUGUUUGUUAUUCACUUCCUAUCAACAUUAGAAUCCUCGACAUUAGCAGUUAUGGCAUACGACCGCUAUGUUGCCAUAUACAACCCUUUGCGUUACACUACGAUAUUGACAAAUGCAUAUAUUGUUAAAAUUGUUGCAGUACUUUUCGUGAGGGGCAUUAUAUUAAUAGGCCUGGUUCCUGUCUUAGCUUCCCGGCUGCCUUUCUGUUCAUCCACGCACAUCUCUCAUUGCUUCUGUGACCAUAUGGCUGUAGUCAAACUGGCAUGUACAGACAUUACUCUUAACAGUUAUUACGGACUUGCUAUUGCAUUCUUUAUAAUUGGUAUGGAUCUAUUUUUUAUUAUUUUCACGUAUAUAAUGAUCAUGAGAGCUGUGCUAAAACUGGCAACAAAAACAGCUCGUCUCAAGGCGUUCAAUACUUGUGGUUCACAUUUAUUUGUUAUACUUUAUUUCUAUACAACCAUGUUAUUUUCUUUUAUUACAUACAGAUUUGGUCAAAGCGUUCCUGCUCAUGUUCAUGUUACGUUUACGGUGUUGUAUCUUUUGGUGCCGCCGAUGUUAAAUCCAGUGAUCUACGGUGUGAGAACUAAAGAAAUACGGGAAGGUUUCCUGAAGCACCUUUUUGGGAAAAAGAUUAAGCCUAAAACUGAGCAUUUAAAUAUUAAAGAUAAUCGUGAACUUUAUGUAAAUAAAACCUAA